AUGGCUCUGGAAAUAGGCAAGAUAUGUAAACUAGACGAGGUCGUAAUCAAUAGAAUAGCCGCUGGAGAAGUUGUACAACGACCUUGUAAUGCCAUCAAAGAAUUGGUUGAAAACAGCAUUGAUGCAGGAUCUGACUCGAUUACGGUAUCAGUUGAUGACGGUGGUUUGAAAAUGCUACAAAUAACUGACACAGGUCAUGGUAUCAGAAAAGAGGAUCUGGUUAUUGUUUGUGAAAGGUUCACUACAAGCAAGCUGAAAACAUUCUCGGAUCUGAGAUCUAUCAAUACUCAUGGCUUCAGAGGAGAGGCACUUGCGUCCAUCAGCCACGUUUCCUUUGUUACUAUUCAGACCAAAACUGUAUACGACAAAUGUGCAUGGGCUGCCCAUUAUAAAGAUGGAAAACUCCAUCCAAAGAAACCAGGGACAUCAGCUGACCCAAAGCCAUGUGCAGGUAAUACGGGUACAACUAUAACAGCUGAGGAUUUGUUUUACAACAUGGGAACAAGAAAAAGAGCAAUGAAUGGAAGGGAUGAGUUCAACAAGGUGGCUCACGUUAUAACUUGUUAUGCUGUUCAUAAUACUGGCAUUGCUUUCUCCCUUAAAAAAUCUGGAGAUAACAUGCCGAAAAUUCGCACUACAUCAAAAGCCUCAAAAAUUGAUACAAUAAGCAAUCUGUACGGACCUGCUCUAGGAAAAGAGCUCAUCGAAUUCUCCUGUGACGAUAAAAACUUUGCUUUCAAAUCAUCAGGCCUCCUCACCAACGCAAAUUACAGCGGGAAAUCCUUCAGAUUCCUUUUGUUCAUCAACAAUAGACUCGUAGAAUCUUCAUCCGCAAAGAAAGCAUUUGAGGCAGUUUACUCCUCUGUCUUACCUAAAAACAGCUACCCGUUUGUAUACCUUAGCAUAGAGAUAGAUCCUCAGAAUAUAGAUGUAAACGUUCAUCCAACUAAAAACGAAGUACACUUUUUGCACGAAGACGAGAUAAUAGCUGGUAUCCAGGCAAAAGCUCAGCAGACACUGUACAAGUGCUCUACUUCUCGAAACUACUACACUCAAGCCAGAUUACCGGGUUUUGACAUGGCAGCAGCUGUCGAGGAAGUGAAAGGAACAAAGAAAGUCCGAGAAGAAACUGAAAACACAAGAGUAUACGACCAUGAGCUGGUCAGGACAGAUUGUAAUCAAACCAAACUCGAUCUGUUCAUAGCUAACCAAGCAAACAAAAUAAUGUCUGAGAAAACAUCCGAACUAAACACAACUCCUACGACCUCUUUGUUCACAACACUAGACUCUGAAAAACCUGGUCCUUCCAGUAAGAAAAUGAAAUUACCCAACCCCGGAACUGCAAAUUCAUCCCGUGCUAGUACAUCCAGCGAUAACAAAGAGAACAUAGACACCAUCAAUGUGGAGGAGUUCAUUCCAAAAGAAGCCCCAAAAUCAGUUAACAACCCCACACACCGGCGCCCAAUAUAUCUAACCUCUGUGUUAGCACUUCAAGAAGAGAUCUGCAAAGCAAGACACGAGGGAGCAGUUGACCUUCUUCGUGAGCACAAGUUUGUUGGAGUGGCCAAUACUCAGUAUGCCCUCGCUCAGGUCAGGACAAAACUUUACCUGUUUGAUAUCGGCAAACUUUCUGAAGCUCUCUUCUAUCAGAAAGCAAUCUUCGAUUUUCAGAACUUCGACAUUUUCGAUUUCUCAGAACCAUCACCGAUGCAUGAGCUGAUAAUGAUAGCCUUGGAUGAUGAGAGUAGUAGCUGGAAUCCGGAUCAUGGUCCAAAGGAAGAGCUCGCUACAUUUGCCACCGACCUGCUUGUGUCCAGGAGGGAGAUGCUGGACGAUUACUUCAGUAUAAUGGUCACUAAGGAGGGGAGCUUGUCUGGUUUACCGCUGCUUGUAGAUCAGUACUACCCUCUACUUCACCAGAUUCCCAUGUUUCUGUUGAGACUAGCCACUGAGGUGGACUGGGACUCAGAGAAGGGGUGUUUUCAGACUAUAGCCCAGGAAAUUGCUAAAUUGUACGCUAUGAGGCCGAUUGAGCAAGAAAGUGAUAACUCAGCUACGCAGUCAACUCAGAACAAAAUGUCCGACCCGAACAUUCCUGAUUGGAAGUUUACGGUGGAGCACAUACUUUUCCCUCAACUCAAGUCUUUCUUUGUUCCCGAUCAAAGUGUUACAGCUAGUGGUGCUAUCCUUCAGGUCGCUGACCUUCACGAUCUUUACAAAGUGUUUGAGAGAUGUUAAAAAUAAGAAUUUUUAAUUGGACCAGUUUUAUAAUUAUUCGUUCUUCUUGUUAUAGUUUAUUUCACAAUUUGUAAUGUGGCGAUACAGCAGAGGGGUAAGUUUCAAGUGACAAGUUUUUAACACAUUUUUUAUAAUUCUAAUUAAUACAAUAGAAAUAUUUCUAUUUUUGUAUUUUGCCUUAACUUAUUGAUAUUCUAACUGAUAUAAUUUGAGAGGUUUUCUUAGUCUCUAGAAGCUUGUAAAGGUUAAUAUUUGAUUUAUCGUUAACUUGAUAUAAUAAGUAUUAUGAUUGCGUCAUAUAUACAAGCUUCUAAUAGAUUUUUGUAUCGAUGUAACAUUUUGUAAUACGAAUUAUCCAAGAUCACUACAAUUUGUUGUCCUG